UCGGCUUUCUCUCAAGGGUCAAGGGAGGCUGGAAGUUGGCUGGGGCUGCUACAUAGUCGAGACCAACCACAACCAGAUCGACUGCAACAACUACAAACUAAAAAACAAACAAACGAACAAACACCGUUUUACUGUCGACGGGUGGAUCCGAUUGAUUAUCAAUGGAGAAUUUCUCACAUCUUGGAGGCGCGAGUGAGUAUAGCUACAACCCAGCCAACGAUGACGACGACAGCUUGUCCCUUGUCUCUGGGAGCACGAGGGCCGCUAGCCAAACGAACCGACACCAAGUCGAGGGAGACGGUCAAUCGACGAUCGAUGAUAUUAACUUCGACGAGCUGAGUCUAUUGGAUGCGAAUCCGGAACCGAGUCGGAACCGUCAUCAAGCCAACAAUAACUCAUCUAAUUAUGAUCAUCAAUCGCAUUCCGACUCGGCUACCGAGCAAUCCUCCAAAUUCAACCAGGCCGAGAAUGAGGCUGAUUUCGAAGAUGUCCUGGACGACCUCAAUCGAGAACUACCCAAUCAUGCCUGUGCUUACUGUGGAAUUCAUUCCCCUUCAUCGGUCGUCAAGUGUUUGAUAUGCUCCAAAUGGUUCUGUAACUCGCGCGGAGGUCCGGGCGCUCACUCGACUGGCUCUCACAUCGUCAACCAUCUUGUCAGGGCAAAACAUAAGGAAGUCACCCUUCAUGAGGAUGGUCCGUUAGGUGAGACCACACCGGAAUGCUACAACUGUGGCUCCAAGAACGUCUUCACCCUCGGCUUCAUCCCCGCCAAGUCAGACACAGUGGUCGUGUUACUCUGUCGCCAGCCAUGUGCCUCCACACCUUCGUCAAAGAGCGAUCUGGUCUGGGAUACUUCCCAAUGGUCCCCACUGAUCGAGGACCGUCAGUUCCUCUCCUGGCUCGUCAAGGUCCCAGACGAGCAGGAAGUCGUCCGCUCCAAGCCGGUCGGCUUCCGCGAAAUCACCAGGCUCGAGGAGAUGUGGAAGGAGAACGCGACGGCUACCUUGGAUGACUUGGAACGGGACGGCGCCCUGGGCGAAGGAGAACCUCAGCCAAUCCUCUUGAGAUAUGAAGACGCUUAUCAAUACCAAAAUAUCUUCGGUCCACUCGUCAAGAUCGAAAGUGAUUACGAUCGAAAGUUGAAGGAAAGUCUUACCCAAAAUGAUGUGACGGUUCGAUGGGACAUGGGUCUCAAUCAGAAAAGGAUUGCAUACUUUUAUCUUCCUAAACUUGAAAGUGGGGAAGUCAGAUUGGCUGUUGGCGAUGAGUUACGUUUGAAAUAUGCUGGAGAACUUCAAAAGGCCUGGGAGGGCCCUGGGCAUGUAAUCAAAGUUCCCAACAAUCAAUCUGAUGAAGUAGCGCUGGAGUUGCGACGAAAUGAUGGUGUACCGCACGAGUUGACUGUCAACUUUUCGGUUGAUUUUGUUUGGAAAUCAACUUCAUUUGAUCGAAUGCAAAUGGCCAUGAAGACGUUUGCAGUUGAUGAUCAAAGUGUCAGCGGAUACAUUUACCGUAAGUUGCUAGGACAUGAAACUCCCGUUCCCCAAGUGCUCAGGACGCAGAUGCCCAAACGGGUUUCGGCUCCAAACCUUCCUGAGCUCAAUCAUUCACAAGUUAGUGCUGUGAAGAGUGUGCUACAAAAGCCUUUGAGUUUGGUCCAAGGACCCCCAGGGACAGGCAAGACCGUCACCUCAGCUUCGGUGGUCUAUCAUUUGAGCAAGAUGAAUCCGGGUCAAGUGUUGGUCUGUGCGCCCUCGAACGUUGCAGUGGAUCAAUUAACUGAAAAGAUCCAUCUGACCGGCCUCAAAGUCGUCAGAGUCCAAGCCAAAUCCCGAGAAGCAAUCGAUAGCUCCGUCCAAUAUCUCACCCUUCAUCAACAAGUGGCUAAUAAUGAUACUCAUCCUGACCUUCAAAAACUCAUUCAACUUAAGGCUGAGCAGGGCGAAUUGAGUAGCACUGAUGAGCGGAGAUACAAAUCUCUGACACGCUUGUGUGAACGUGAGAUCUUGACCAACGCCGAUGUCAUUCUCUGUACUUGUGUGGGCGCAGGUGAUCCCAGAUUGGCCAAGAUGAAAUUCCGAACAGUGUUGAUAGAUGAAGCAACUCAAGCGACUGAACCAGAAUGCAUGAUCCCACUGACUCUAGGUGUCAAACAAGUUGUCUUUGUCGGCGAUCAUCAACAACUUGGACCGACGAUCAUGAACAAAAAGGCGGCGAGGGCUGGGUUGACUCAGUCGAUGUUUGAACGCUUAGUCCUGUUGGGCAAUCGGCCGAUCAGGUUACAAGUGCAAUAUCGAAUGCACCCCUGUCUUUCGGAGUUUCCAUCGAACAUGUUCUAUGAAGGUUCCUUACAGAAUGGAGUCACUGCGCCGGAACGGAUCAAGAAAAAUGUGGACUUCCCCUGGCCCCAGCCAACCACGCCGAUGUGUUUCCAUUGCAAUCUGGGCCAGGAAGAGAUCUCGUCCUCUGGGACCUCGUUCCUCAACCGAACCGAGGCCUCGAACGUCGAGAAGGUCGUCACCCGAUUCUUCAAGGCCGGCGUCCUUCCCAGUCAGAUCGGCAUCGUCACCCCUUACGAGGGCCAACGCUCAUAUAUCGUCACUUAUAUGCAGACUAAUGGGACGUUGAAGAAGGACCUCUAUAAGGAUAUCGAGGUUGCUAGUGUCGACGCCUUCCAAGGGCGUGAAAAAGAUUAUAUUAUCCUCAGUUGCGUUCGGAGUAACGAUCAUCAAGGCAUUGGUUUCCUCAAUGAUCCGAGACGACUUAACGUUGCGCUCACUAGAGCUAAGUAUGGAGUAGUGGUUCUAGGAAAUCCCAAAGUCUUGAGCAAACAUGCGCUUUGGCAUUUCCUUCUCACUGCUUACAAGGAAAAAUCUUGCUUGGUUGAAGGCCCAUUGAACAAUCUACAAGCUAGUUUGGUCCAGCUGUCUAAGCCCAGGAAACCACUCGAUCGGGCUGAUCUUCCUGUCAAUCGUUUCGAGCCUAACCCGCGCGAGCUUCCUAAUCUCAGCUACAGCAGGAAUGGUCGUGACAGUACACCGACUCGAUUUGAUCAAUCGUUUUAUAAGACCGUUGACUCCUUUUCGAUUCCAUCGGAUGCACAAUCGGUGCGAUCUCAAGCCACAUAUGCAUCGGGACUGCCGCCCUUCAGUCUACCGAUCUCACGAAGCAUGGGAUACCCGAAUGGGAGCAAACGAGGCGGAGGAGGGGGUAUGGGGAGUGUCGUGGGGGUUGGCGGGAGCAGCUAUGCCUCGUCGAUGAUCUCGCAGGACUUCCAGUCCCAAGAUUCGCGGAGUAUGAGGGGAGGAGGGGACGAUGCGAGUUCGGUUGCGGAGAGCAUGACGGACAGCGUGGCGGCCUAUUCGCAGGCCGAUCGGCUGUUGGCCGGCCGCAGUCGGAACGACCGCACCGGCUUGGACUAUCGGGGGCCAGGCGUCUCCGGCUUGUCUUCUGCAACCGUCGCCGGCGCGGGAGGUAAGAACUUUCGGGCAGUCGACAACGACGAUGAUGCUCGUAGCUUGAUCUCGAUGCAAAGUAGCUCGAUCACCGAUUUCUGAGCAUCCCGUUUCUAGUCUACCCCUGUGCCCUGCCCCUCCCUCCUCUGAGACCUCCGUCUCCUCUCUCCUCAGACCCCUCGGGUGUCUCCGGCCCCGUCGGGGACCCUCCACAGUCCUCCUGCUCACUCUGAAAGAAGAAUUCAGUGGAUGCCGAUGAUGUUGUUGAUCGAUCUCGUCAUCGAGAGCCGGCCGAGAGUCUCUCAUGUCUUCCGCUCUACUGGCUCGCCCUCCUUGCCUUCUGAUCCCCACCCACACCCCCUGCCACACUUGGCUUCCUUUUACUGUCUUGACUUCAUUAUUAGGAGACUUGGGCUUGUCCUUUUCUCGUUCUUGCAUCCUGUAACAGGGUGCUUUGUUUGUCUUACCACCAUCUGUUCCUGAAUCUCUAACUCGACACAUGACCAAUCAAACAAAACAAGACAGCUAGCUCUUUUAAUUCUCCCUUCCUGCUUGUCUCUCUCUCUCUCAUCUCUAUUCUCUCUUGCUGUGGAGAUGUUCCUUCUGUUUUUUUUUUGGUUUUUGAAAGGUGUCUGGGUUCUCCUGCGUCUCCAAUCAAUCUUUCUUUGCUUUAGUUUUUUUUCUUUUUUUUUUGGUCUGGUGUGGAUGAGUGGUCAAAACGGAGGAAUAGGGGGGGGGGGGUGGAUUAAAGGCUCUUGGAGGUCUAGCUUAUCUGGGAUUGCACAGUCUUCUGUCCUCCUAUAACCCCGUUUUCUUUUCUCCCUUAUAUUCCCUUAUCUGUGUGACUCAUUUCUUUUGACCAUGUUUUUUUUUUUGUUCUAU